CCCCCAGAGCGCCUGCGCCUGGCCGACGGCCCCCACGGCUGCGCCGGCCGCCUGGAGGUGUGGCACGGUGGACGCUGGGGCACGGUGUGUGACGACGGCUGGGACCUGCGUGACUUCUUCGGGGAGGGUACGGGGCCCGUGUGGCUGAGCGAGCUGGCCUGCCGGGGCGGCGAGGGGCAGCUGGACCUCUGCCCCCACCGGGGCUGGAAGGCCCACAUCUGCUCCCACGAGGAGGAUGCCGGCGCUGUCUGUGCAGGCCAGCGCGUAGCCAACUCCAGGGACGGCUCGGCCUCCCUCGUGGAGGGGGAGCCAUGGCCUGGGCUGUCUGGGGAGCUGAGCCCCAGCUCGGAGGAGCCGCCCGCCACUCACGCCCCCCGCCCAGCUGGGAGUCCUCAGAGUGGCUCCAGGAAGAAGAGUCCGCGGCCGCCCAAGCAGCCCAAGUCCACCCGGGCCCCUUUGCUGGUGACAGGGGGCCCCCGCCAGGGCCGACAGGCAGGUCUCAGGCUGCUGCCCACUCCAGGCCUGUUUCCCAGUGGAAAGCGAGAUGCAGGGCGCUGGAACGAGCUCCUGCCGCAGACGGGGCUCUCAGGCGGGCGCUGGGGCACGGUGUGUGACGACGGCUGGGACCUGCGUGACGCCGCCGUGGCCUGCCGAGAGCUGGGCUGCGGGGGGGCGCUGGCCGCCCCCGGGGGCGCCAGGUUCGGACCUGGUGCAGGGCCCGUGUGGAUGGACGACGUGGGCUGUGGGGGAGGAGAGCAGGCCCUCCGCGACUGUCCCCGCAGUCCCUGGGGCCGCAGCAACUGCGACCACAGCGAGGAUGCUGGGCUGGUCUGCACUGGCCCAGCUCCGAGGCUGCGCCUGGCCGAUGGCCCCCAUGGGUGCGCCGGCCGCCUGGAGGUCUGGCACGGAGGGCGCUGGGGGUCAGUCUGUGACGACGCCUGGGACCUGCGUGACGCCGCCGUGGCCUGCCGGGAGCUGGGCUGUGGGGGGGCGCUGGCUGCCCCCGGGGGUGCCUUCUUUGGGGAGGGGGUUGGCCCCAUCAUCCUGGAUGACCUCCGGUGUCGGGGCAACGAGACGGCCUUGCGAUUCUGCCCAGCACGGCCCUGGGGCCAGCAUGACUGUCACCAUCGCGAAGACGCCGGGGCUGUGUGUGACGGCAUGCCUCUCGGUUACGUGCCCCCCACGGCCCCGGAGGCAGGCAGCAACAGCUCGGCACCCAGGCCCCUGCCUGCCACGGCAAGUCAGGCCCCAGGGACAGCAGGACCUUCCUCACCUCCAGCCUCUCCUACUGUUCCUCCAGAGCCCGGGCCAGAAGCUGGGUCCCCGCAGCUGCGCCUUGUGGCUGGGCCCAGCAGGUGCUCAGGCCGGCUGGAGGUGUGGCAUGGUGGGCGCUGGGGGACAGUGUGUGAUGACGGCUGGGACAUGCGGGACGCUGCCGUGGUCUGCCGGGAGCUGGGCUGCGGGAGGCCUCUGCAGCCGGACCCUGCUGCUGGCCGCUUCGGCUGGGGUGCAGGGCCCAUCUGGCUGGACGACGUGGGUUGUGUGGGCACAGAGCCUUCGCUGUCGGACUGCCCUGCCGCUCCCUGGGGGAAGCACAACUGUGCCCACAAUGAAGACGUUGGGGUCGCCUGCAGCGGGCCCCCCGGUCUGGACUCCAUCUCAGACCCCUUCAGUUGGAGCUGGAUCCCUGGGCUGGGUGGAGACCCGGACGCCAGGCUCCCAGGAGAGAUGGCCACCAAGCCCUCUGCCAGUCUGACCUCCAGGGUUCCAGAGAGAACCACCAAGGCCCCAGGGAAAAUGCCCAAGAGUACUAAGAAGUGGGUGACAAAAAAUGCAAGGAGACCAACCACCCACCCCCCCGUGACGCCGGCGGCUAAACGCCCCGGGGGCCUGGGCACCCAGAGCCCCGCAGGGCUGACCUCACGGACCACCACAGCCACCACCGCUGGGGCUGCACGGACAGCGACCUCUGCGUCUACCACGAGGCUGACCACUGCCGCGCUAACCACUCGAGCCCCCCGGGAACUGGCCUCUGAGCACACCCCUCAGGCCUCCCUGGAGCCUCCCAAGACCCCAGCAGAAGGCUCCCCCGCCCCCACUGCUGGCGCCACCGCGGAGCCGGGCCCCUUCCGGGUUCGUCUGGCUGACGGGCCCAACCGCUGUGCUGGCCGGCUGGAAGUGUGGCACGCUGGACGCUGGGGGACGGUGUGCGACGACAACUGGGACCUGCGGGAUGCCACCGUGGCCUGCUGGGAGCUGGGCUGCGGAAAGGUCCGGCCCCGAGUGGGCAAAACGCACUACGGCCCUGGAACCGGGCCCAUCUGGCUGGACGACGUGGGCUGCAAGGGCGGCGAGGCCUCGCUCAGCGACUGUCCUGCGGGGCCGUGGGGGGAGCACAACUGUGACCACGAGGAGGACGUGGGACUCACCUGCACGGGCUACACAGAUGACGACGACUACCCGCCCUGGACCUGGGACCCUACCUCAGGAGAGGACCUGGCCAAGGGGACCCCCACAGCAGGGGCACCUGGACACACCCGCCACCAGGGCACCACUGGGCGCCCAGCCGCCCCGUCCCCAGCGCCGCGGCGCCUCCCAGACACAGGUGACAGAGAUGGUUACGAGCCUCCCUGCACACAGGACACACCUUCGAGAAGGGGCAUGUCCAGGGGGACCCCCAGUGCACGCACACCUGGAUCCACAUUCACCACUAGCGCCACCAGGAGCCCAGGCCAUCCAGCUCUGGCUCCCAGAAUCCACGGGGACACAGGUUCCCCGCGGAGGAGGCCGUGGCCCGCUGCCAGGACUGCACCCCCCGCUCCGUCUCCUGCUCCCUCCGCCUCUCCGGGACCCCCGGACCCUCCGCUGACCUCUGACUCGGGGCCACAGCUUACCCCCGACUCGGCCGGGACGUGGGAGGCCACCUCCGUCCCUCCUGACACUUCGCCGCUCACCCCAGACCCGGCGUCCUGGAUGAACCCUGACCUCAUUUUGACAAGCCCUGAUGACACCUUGUCCAGCCCUGACCCCGGGGAGGCUGUGGCGCUGACCCCGGCGCUCUCGCCCACCCCACCACCCACUGUGUCCACAGAGCUGACCUCUGAUGCCUCGGUGCCCUCCGAGGGGACCCGCCUUUCCCCGGCCUCGCUGACCCCAGGAUCUGGCCCGACCCAGAACCCCGACCCAACGUCACACCCUGAUGCAGCCCCAGAGCCUUCUGGGUUUCCAGACCUCUCCACAGCCACCGCCCCUCAGCCCUCCACCACCCCCCAACAGGCCACCGCCCCUCAGCCCUCCACCGCCAGCCCUCCGCCCACCAUGAUCCCUGACCCCAUGUCAACACCUGCCACCACUUCCACAUCCCUCUCAGCCUCCUCGGGAGCAGAGCUCUUCCCCACUCCAGUGCCGACAGUCGAAGCCAGCCAGCACACCCAGUCGGCCUCCCCAGGAGCCUCUCACACCCCCAUGUCCCAAACACCCAGCCUAGAGCCCUCCCCAGCCUCAGAGUCCAGCUCCUCAAGGCCCCCUCCGGCCUCACAUGUGCAUCCAUCGACCCCUGAGGACUUCAACCCACCCAGAAGCCAGAGCCCCACAGUAACCCCUCCAUCUACCCAGAUCCCACACUUGACCUCUCACCCUACAAUGGCUCCCAACGGCUACCUCCCCCCCCCCCCCCAGCCCUUGGAUCAACCUAGCCUUGACCACCUCACCCGAGGCCCCCCUCCUAGCCAGAGCCCAGGCUCCCUGGGCCCAUGUGUGGCCCCCACAGCACCUGUCAGGGUCAUGGCAUGUGAGCCACCUGCCCUGGUGGAGCUAGUGGCCGCUGUGAGGGAGGUGGGUGCUCAGCUGCAGAAGCUGGCUCAGGUCCUGGAACAGGACCGGCAGGAGCGCCAAGCCUUGGGAGUGGGGUUGGCGCAGCUGGUCGGGGCCGCUCAGGGUCUGAGCCAGCUGGGUGAGACUGUGAAAAAGCUGGCAGAGGCGGCCUGGCACCCCGGCACUCCUGCACCGACCACUACCACGCCAGAGGAAGAGGAGAGGCCGCUGAGGGGAGAUGUGUGACUCCUGCUGACUGGGGUUCAAAGCACUCCCAACCACAACAAGAGCAGAGCAUCUAGCUAAAGACAGGUGUGAGAGAUGUGUCUCUGGGACAGGGGGGACCCUGGGGAGGUGGGAUGACAGAACUGGUCUUGAUUUGUGAAUACCAUGGUGAUGGGAACAACAGCGAUG